AUGAGUAAUGUAAUGUUUAAUUAUGCUUAUAUAACGACAGUUCCAAGUUGGGUAAACGAAGCUAAACCAUCUGUAAAAAUCAGUAAAACAGUUUGGGGAGCUUCAUCUUUUUCAACUUUUGUGUUUUUGGCGAUUGGUAUCUUCGGUAGUUUAUCAUUUGGACAUAUGGCUUCUAAUUCCGAUAUUCUCAGUGUAAUCAAUAAUUCACCAGAGGCCAAUAUCUUUUCAAAGAUUUGUGUCUAUGUUUUCCCAUUUGUUGUGCUUGCCAGUUCGAUUCCAGUAUUCUCGAUUGUAGUACGUUAUAACUUGAUGCAAAACAACUUGAUGCCAAAGAAACUUGCACUGUUCUUCUCUGUCAUUUUGCCGUGGUUGGUAGUAAUCCCAUUCAUGACUGGAAACGGUCUCAAUCUCAUCAGUGAGUGGUCCAGUAUCAUUUUCAGUUCCAUAGCAAACUUUGUCAUUCCACUGGUGAUCUACCUGAAAGCUCUGCGUUUCAGAAAGAAUCGUCGUAGAAUGAACGAAGAGCAAAAGGAAAUCUUGAGAACUCUCAAGGUGGAAACCGUUGAUUUCGAAGAAAAUAUACAUCAACUUGCCAUGGAAGACGACCAAUCGGCAUACAGAGCAGCCAAGAUAUUUACAAUUAGAAUUUGUAAGCGUAUUGCUUUCGCCUCACUGUCUGUGCUGGUCAUCGUCAUUCCAUUGGUCAUUGUCACCAGCAUCAUUUUCAGUGGAGAUUCUUAA